AUGUCUAGCACAAAUAAUAAUGUUAUUAUGUCAGUGCUUACAAAUAAGGUUCUGCUAAGACAUAUGUUCUCUUUGAUCAGAGAGGAAUAUGGUAAUCAUUGUCCUGCGAAUAUGAGUGAUUGCUAUUACUACGCUGAACAUCUCUACAAACAUCUUUUAGAUUCAUUAGUAAUCAUGGAUAAAGGAUGGUACAGUUUGAUGGCUGACAGAAUCAAAAGUGGAGAUUCCUUGGAUUUUUCUCAUAGAGCAGCUGUUGAACUAUGUAAUAGAGUUACGGAUACCGAGAUCUUUACAACCGUUUACAGUGACAAGCAAAUAUAUUUCACGGAUCCAGAGUGUCUAAAGACAGCAAUCACCAAAGGAAAUAUCAUUGCAGUCCGUAUCCUUCUCGACCAACACGAUCCAGUCAAUCUUUUCAGUAACUUCACUGUCGACCUGCUGAUUCAAUUUGCAUUGACUGCCUCACAAUAUCAUAUGGUUGAAUUCCUCAUCGAUAGGUUUUCCACUCACGAACAGCAUGCAACUUCCCAAAAUAUAUUUGAUGAGUAUGUCAAGAAAUUGGAAAUUAAUACUAUCAGAUGGAUAGGCAGAAAUUUACAAACAGUACCAUGUCCAGAGAAAGUUCUCCAAACAUACAAACAUUAUUUGGGGAAUGACAGGAUUAGGAAUUCAUUUGUUAUCUUUUAUUUUUCAGAUGUUUUCUAUAAUGAAACCAAAACUCCUACUAAUCAAUGUCUUGGACCACUCUAUUCUUAUUGCAAAGUCAAUGGAUUGGUUGAAGAUGUUCAACAAUUCAAAAGCCAAUGUGAUCAACUACUUCAACAAUCAAUCGAUAACAGUGUUAGUAUCAUAAACAACUUUAUCAACUCGAAUGGAUAUCAUUUUCUUUUGGACAUUGAAAUCAAUCCAUAUAUCGAAUCAUUUCGAGAAACAAUUCAAUUGGUGAUGCUAUUCAAACUGAUCAAUGAUGGUGUGUUACCAGAUUACUUUAAAAAGAAUAUGAUCCAAAAUAUAUUUAAACGAACGACAACACAUCCAUUUAUUAUUCCAUUCUUGAUGGAUACACUGCUUGCCAAAGAAAGAGAUAGUACAAUUCAAUGUCUUUGCAAAAUUGCAGAUUCAUUCGAUUCCGUCAUUGUUGCACAUUAUUACAAACUGCCAGCAGAAAAGCAACCACCAAGUUUGAAACAACUCUUUGAUUCCUAUUGGUAUAGAGCAAUGAAAUGUGCUGCAUGGAAAGGUGAUCUAUUUACUCUAAAGAAGUUAUUGGAUCAUCAUAAAAAAAGAGUAGAGCUCGCCGUCUGGGAUGAACUCAUUGAUUUGGCAAUCUGUAGAGAGAAUCUCAAUGUUUUAGAGUUUAUAGUUGUUAAAGAAGCUGUCAAACCUAAUAAUGAGAAUUUUGAGAGUAUUGGAUACAUUGGUAGUCUUCCAUGUCUUCAAUUGUUACUUGAUAAGACACUUCAAGAUGGAGAUUUCAAAAAGAUGAUAAGAGCGGUACACGAGAUUGCUUGCGACCACGGUCAAACUAAAUUCAUCAGUGAUAUCUAUGAUCAAAUCCCAGAUUACAAUAGAGUCUAUUGGUCAAAUAUAAUUCAUUCUGGUAUUAUCGAUACUGCGUAUCUUCAAUUUGGAAUCCAUGAAUACGAUGACCAAGAGAUAUUGGAACUCAUCGAAAUUGCAAUCAGUAUGGGAAAAGUUGAAUUCUAUCAAUUCUUUGUGGAACAACUCCAAGAUACCUCGAUUUUAAAUCAGUUGUCACCAAACAAGAAACCCGAACAUCUUUCCCACAACUUAUAUCCAAUUUAUAUUUAUCGAUUACUUGAACCAAGAAAAAUAUAA